UCGGGCUUCCCCUUCGCCCGCUCGCCUUCACCUUUUCCCACCGCGCUCGCUUUCCUCCUGCGCCGGAGUGACGGCGGAUUGACAGACAGGGGAGAAAAGGUUCUUGGAAAUCCAGAUGAUGGCCCCACCUAAGCAGCUUGCGACAUCUUUUAUACAAUCCCUGAUCCUUUGAAAGAAGACCGUUUGGUUUGCUCCAUUUCCAGUCAUGUCAGAACCUAUAACACUAAAUGUUGGUGGGAAGCUGUACACGACUUCCCUCUCCACUUUGACCAGCUUUCCAGACUCCAUGCUGGGUGCCAUGUUCAGUGGGAAGAUGCCAACCAAGAGAGACAGCCAAGGCAACUGCUUCAUUGACAGAGAUGGCAAAGUUUUCCGCUACAUCCUCAACUUCUUGAGAACAUCUCAUCUGGACCUUCCCGAGGACUUCCAAGAAAUGGGCUUGCUUCGACGAGAAGCAGAUUUUUACCAGGUCCAACCACUGAUUGCAGCCUUACAAGAGAAGGAAGUAGAGCUUUCUAAAGCAGAGAAGAAUGCUAUGCUCAAUAUCAGUUUGGAUCAGAGGACACAGACGGUUCAUUUUACUGUCCGGGAAGCUCCCCAGAUCUAUAGCUUGUCCUCUUCUAACAUGGAAGUGUUCAGUGCCCAUAUAUUCAGCACUUCCAGUUUGUUCCUCAAACUUCUAGGUUCCAAACUUUACUACUGUUUCAAUGGCAACUUGGCAUCCAUCUCUAGUUAUUUACAAGACCCCUAUCAUGUGACCUUGGAUUGGGUGGCCAGUGUGGAAGGCCUGCCAGAAGAAGAGUACACAAGGCAGAACUUAAAGAGAUUGUGGGUCCUGCCAACAAAGAAGCAAAUUAAUAGUUUCCAGGUCUUUGUGGAGGAGGUACUGAAAAUUGCCAUGAGUGAUGGCUUUUGUGUUGACUCCUCUCACCCACACACCUCAGAUUUCAUGAAUAAUAAGAUCAUCCGGCUCAUUCGCUACAGAUAGGCGUAGCUCCCUUGGCAGCAGGUCCUCUAUAAUUGUAACAUUGCCUUGGUGUUGUAUCGUGUCACAAGCUACAGGCUGGAGUUGACUUCACAAAUCAUGUGCUAAUCCAAACCCUGAGUUCUAACUGAAGGAGGUUAGUUUUCACUUAAAAGACUAACCCAUAUGUACUAAAACUAGAAACAGGAGUGUGGUGCAUUGGUAUGUAGGCUGCAUGAAAAUUAUGUAAGCUGCUUGCUCCAUAUAAAUUGGUUGCUCUACUUCAAGGGACACAAUUAGAAAACCAACUCAUUCUCGUAUGGCCAUGUUAGCUUUCACAAUAGAAGUGUGCAAAAUGUUUUGAAUUCAGAAUGUUUCGAGCUUAGAACAGGUUUAUUUCUGUAUUAUUUAUUAAACACAUCUAUAUGGCCACCUGUCUACCAGAAGGAACUCUGGGUGGCAAAUGAGUUCAUAAUACAAUUUAAAUUAAAAACUAUUUCGGUGAAGAAACAGCAUUGAGGCACAGUAGUUAUUCCAAACUAAGUUUUUUAUGCUCAGAGGAUGGGUCAAGCUGGAGACAACUUUGAUUACCUCUGAUAAGUAUUCUAAGUUG